GCCGCAAAGAGCACCUUCAGUCUUAGCAUACAAGGAUUGAAACAAUUACCUCCACUACUGCUACUCACUGAUGUGAAAACAAAUUCUACAAUGACAAAAUUACCUGACAAGAAGGAAGAAAUCUACAGUAAAGAAGUAUGGGAAGAAGAAUUGUACAAUGUAGAUCAACCACAAAGAGAACAAAUACCGGAAAAUGAUGAAUCAGAUGACUACGAUGAAGACAAUGCUAAUGAAUUGUUCGAUAAGCUUGAAUACAAAAGAGAAGAGCUUGAAGAACUUGAAAGCUUUUCAUCUGAUUGUGUUUUAUCUGAUAAAGAAAGUGCUGAAGAAACAAAAAAAAGUAGAAAAAUGAUGGAAAUUGAAAGCCUGGCUGUAUAUUUGGCAGUAAUGGAAGAAAUUCCAACUGGAAAAAAGGUCUCUGUUGAUGAAAAAUCAACUAUAGAAAAACAAUUGAAUAAGAUCAUAGAAGAAGGAAAUGUUGACGACAAAUAUAAAGAAGAAAUAAAGGAAUUAUUUAAAAACAACAGAACUUUGUUUGCAAAUGGACUAAAAGAACUUGGAUGA